UUCUCCUUUUGUGUUUUGUAAAAAAGUUGUGUACAAAUGCUAAAUUCUCAGAUCGAAUUUGAAUAUAUUUUUCAAAAUUUGUGUAAUCCCAGGCAAUGGCAAACAAUUCUACUGCGAAAAAAGUGAUGCAAGUAUCGGAGGAGAUGGCACCUGCUGUGCACAUUCCCGUAAUGGUGGGCAACGAGAUCUUCGUGCUCACCCAGCAGGACAUUCGUCGUGUGGAAGACAUCCGUGUGCUUAGCUACAACCGCCUAGUUCCCAACGGGCAGUUUGCUCCCUUGGACACGGCCUCACCAGGUCCGUUGAAUUUUUCCCCGCCGAACACCACGAAUUCCUGCACUCUGGAUGAUCUUAUCCGCCAUGCCACAGGGAAAAGGGUCCGAAUCCAGAUGGACAUCGAUGAGGAUGUAAAGCACCCUACAAAGUCGACCAAUGAUACCUGUCCGAACUUUCAGGAAACCUCCUACCCAGUGAAGACGGUUGCAAGUGUGUCCACUCAAUUGGGCUGGUCCAAGAAAAAGGCAGAAUCAGAACCCCGCUUUCCACUUUGCUACAGUGCCGGCACCUCGACAUGCGGCUUGAAGACAAACACUGGGUGCCAACACAGUCCCAGGUGCGAGACGCACCACUCGAGCUGUCAAACUCAAAAUUUGUCCAAUAAACCGUCAACUAUAAAAAACGAGAUACCGCAGAAUGCGAAUUGCCAAACUCAGACUUGUACUGGUACAUCUUCCAUUGUGAAAAAGGAGUCGCCGCUGAAGAACGCAAGAUGCCAAACUCAGAGCUGUCUCAGUGCAAAUGCCUAUAUGAAGAAAGAACCCCGGUCCUGGGCAUGCCAGACCCAGCCCAUAACCAACUUUACGGGAUGCGGUUCCUCACAUAGCCACCUAUUUGAAACGACCUCAGCCGAGUCAUACACAUCAGCUGAAUGUGAUUACACUUCAUCGGCGGAAAGCAAUAGUCCCUGUCGGCACUGUAAGUCACAACAGACCUGCACGGAACAGGAGCUGUUGGUACCGGUACAGCCUCAGGUUCAGUCGCCCAUUCGUCCACAGGAGCAACCUUGCACAUCAAGACAAAUCCGCGUUGACCUCUGCCGGCAGGUUAAGCAUUCUCACAAUUGCUAUAGGACGAUUCCAUUGGGUAACACUGCCUAUCCGCGAGUACCAGACUCCAACCAAAUACGGAAACAAACUUACGGGUUAACCGGAUAUAUUGGGCCCAAUUCUAAUCACGAAAUGCUACAGCAGGGGCAGGAGUGAUGCUAUACCUCUUUAUCACAGGUGCUCGCGAUUUCUAAUGCUUUUAUAUGCCAGUUUUUUGAACCAAAAGUAAAGCUAUUUUGUUUAUAAUA